AUGGGUAUUCAUGCUUUGGAAAGUAGUUUCGAGGCCUUCAAAAGAGCUGCAAAGUGUUACGCCGUGUAUUGCUGCUUUGUUCAACUAAUGCAGUUCUGUUGGGAAGUUGACGAAUUUCCUAUUCUGCUCACAUCACAUCCUUACUUCAAAGUCAUCAAGAUUCAACUGAGCAUCUUCCAAGUAUGUUUGAUGCACUGCAAGCCUUAGAUGCAUCAUUACGUGAUAGCAAUCCAUCAAAAAAGCAUGAAAUUACCUUUCGAAAUAUGCCCAUACCUCUAAACAACUUCUUGGCAUGGCUUCCAAUUCCAAAACACCGGUUGCCUGUUGAAUACUCAGCAAAUAUACAACAGCCCUUGAAAAGUCCUAGAUCUUCAGCACAUGAUGAUGCCCUUAAAGCAAGAAGUGCAUGGCCUUACCAAGUGACUUUUCGAAGUCCAAUUGAACAGAAAGCAGUCCAAGAACAUUUUCCAGCUGUGAGCAAUUCUGCAAUUGAUGAAAUGAUACCCAAAGUGGAAGAAGUGAUGAAGAUGCUUGAGGACAUCAGUAAUCCAAAUGUGAAAAUGUUUAAUGGAAUCCAGCAAAUUUCUAGAAUGAACGAUGUCACAGAUGCACAGAAAGAGGAAAAUCCUUUAACCAACAUUGAUAAAGCCCAUAAUGGAGAGACUACUGGUAGAAAAAAGGCUGCUACUCAUGGUGGAAAAGGAAGAACUGUUGCUGGUGGAGAAGAGAUUCUUCGUGAACAGGAUACUGUUGGUGGAAAACAAAACCCUCCUGCGGAAGAAACAACACCUGCUGCUGCUGGUGGAGAAACAA